AGAUAUUAUAUAUUUUUUUUUAUAUAAAAAGAUAAGGAUAUAUGAGAUGGAGAGUAUAGAGAAGGAGAAUACAGUAUUUGGAGAGUCUUCUCAGUGUAGACGUUCUUUUUUUUAUGAAUCAGAGCAAAUAUCAACAUUAAAUAAGACAGAUGAAGAUUCUACAGAAAUAGAAUCAUGUAGAAUAGAAGAAGCUAUGUGCUGUCAUAUACACUCUAUUCUAAAUAGUAUUUAUGAGGAACCGAUUAUUUCUAUAGUAGAUACGGAGAAAAUAGGUGAAAAUGCAGGGAGAAGGUUUAUUACAUAUAAGAUACGUAUGAAGAAUCUUGAGGUGCGUCGACGGUAUUCUGAAUUUGAAUCGCUUAGAAAAUCACUUUCACGAUUAUUUCCAACAUUAAUAGUUCCACCAAUUCCAGAAAAACAUAGUAUGUAUUUAACGGUUUCGUUAUCUAGUGUUAAUAAAGAUGGGAAUUUUAUUAUUCAAAGGAAAAGAAUGUUACAAGUGUUUCUUAAUCGAUGUGCUUUUCAUCCUAUUUUGAAAAGAAGUCAUGUAUUUCAUUGUUUUUUAAAUGAGGAUAUACCAUGGUCGCAAGUUUUAGAGUCACCGCCUAUAUCCUUAUUACCACAAAACAUUCUUAUGGCACCACCAUUAAAUCCAUGUUCUCCUAUAAAUAGUAAUAUUUACCAAUGUCUUCCAAUACCACCAUCAACUGCAAAAUUAUCAAAUAUUCACAACAGAGAUGAAAUACAGUUUGUAGAAAUAGAAAGAAAAAUUAAAGAUCUUCAACAAUUUAUUGGGAAUGAUUUAGUAAAAAUUAAUAAGUCUAUAAUGAAACAUUAUGAAGAUUUAGCAUAUAAUUUUAGUGAAUUGGGAGCAGCAUAUAAUAUUCUUUCAAUAUCUGAAAUAGGCGAAUUGGCAAGUGGGAUUGAGCGUUUUGGAUUAGCUAAUGAUUUGAACUGUCAAUCUAAUCAUGAGCUAGUUAAAAAUUUGGAUUCUGUAUUAUCAGAACCCUUAAAAGAAUUUAUGCAAUUUCAUGAAGUCGCUAGAUCUAGAUUAAAAUAUAGAUAUCAAAAAGUUCUACAAUAUGAAAUUAUUGUAAAUAUAUUAAAUCAGAACAAAAAUAUUUUAGAUGCGCUUGAAAGAUCUGAAAUGGAAGCACAGAAAAUAGAAUCAUCUUUAGCAAGACUUAAUAAUAGUGAAUCUAAUUUGUCUACUUUAAAUUCUGAUGAUCUCAAUGAACAUGAACAAACUAAACAAAUUAUACCGACUUUUAUUGAAAAAAUAACAGGUGCUGUAAAAGGCAUGAUUGACGUAGAUUCUACAACUAGAAAAAAGAAUAUUGAGAAGAUAUAUGAGAAAAUUUCUCAGUUGGAAAAUGCCCUUAAAAUUACAAAAAAAGAUGCCAAUAUUGUUGGUCAAGCUAUAAUAGAAGAAUUCGAGAGAUUUCAUGGUUUUAUUAGGAAAGAUUAUUGUGAAUUAAUGAUUAAUAUUGGAAAAUGUUAUAUAGAAUGGGCUAAGAAAAAUGUUAAAAUUUGGGAAGAUGCAAAAUGUUUAAUUUAAAAACUAAAGUUUUUAAAAUUGCGAAACAUUUGAUUAAAAGUUGAAU